AUGGAUAAGAAUGCUUCAGACUCGAUUUCGACAGGGGUCAAGGAUUUCCCCAACGGCGAAGCUAUCAGUGGUGAUCCUCAAUUUGAUGGUCGUGUCAUUCUAUACGUUAUUAAAGCGGACGAGACAUCCUACAUAAACUAUGUCAAACCUCUAAUUCUUGCCGAAGAGCUUCAGUUCCCUCACUGCCUCGCCGUGAUCGACACAAAGACGGAGUGGGCAUAUCAGAUCCAUCCAGAGCGAAUGGUUCCUGCUCUUAGGGACCAAGACCCUGAGACCAGCCAGACAGUGCGUGUCUUUGAAGGUACCGCCUGCUUGUAUUAUCUUGCGGAUCGAUUUGACCGUGACGGUGAGUGGGCAGGCCGGACAGCGUUCGAGCGUGGGAACGUCCACGCUUGGACUGCGUACCAAACAGCGGGGAUUGGAGCAACUGCCAAGUACUGGUUGUAUUUUCUGCGUGGCUAUCCAUCUCGAGCGAAUCCGCUGCAGCUACCACGAACAAUUAAGAAACUUCACGAAAACAUUGUCAAACAAUGGGACAUCCUCGAGGCUCGCUUGGCGCUUCCAGACCAGAAAUACGUCGCGCUGACAGACCGUCCUACCAUUGCAGACCUGUCGUACUUCCCGUUUGCAAUGCCAUGGAUGUUUAAGUUCCUUGACGUGGACAUGCAGAAAUAUCCAUGUAUAUGUGACUGGGCGGAGCGAAUGAUGGCCCGUCCGGCGGUUCGACGGGUGAUGGCAAGGGCACCAAAAAUCGGGCAUUAG